AUGAUCAAAUCAUCAUUUAAAGACAUAGAAAUACCAAAGACAAGCAUCUUUGACUUUAUUUUACCGGAACAUCAGCAAUCCAAUGACAAGACUGUUUUCAUUGACUCAACCAACGAUAAUUCUCUUACAAUUUCUCAGCUUCGUAAAUACUCCUUACAGCUAGCGUAUGGGCUUAGAAAAUACCACAACAUUGGUAAAAGUGACAAAGUACUCAUCUACAGUCCAAACUCGAUCGCCUACCCCAUUCUCCUUCUCGGCACGUCGGCUGCAGGAGCUUGCGUAUCGCCGGCAAAUCAUGCAUACAAUGAAUUCGAGUUAUCCCACCAGAUCGAGGAUAGCGAGGCGUCGUUCAUCUUCGCGCAUCCAGACAACAUGGACCUUGCAAUCAAAACUUUGAAAGAGAUCGGCUGGCCAGAGAGCAAAAUAAAUGAGAGGGUGGUGUCAGCGACUGAGGAAAGCUUUGGUAACCACGUCCCAUACACUCAACUGCUAUGUGAUGACAUUCAGCGCGGUAUACCUGAAAAAUUCGAUGGAGAUUCAGCUCACGAUGUUGCUUUAAUAUGUUACAGUAGCGGUACAACUGGUGCAAGCAAAGGGGUAAUGACAACACACCGGAACUUCGUGGCGAAUCUGUGUCAAUCAGACAACACGCGCGCCUUCGCGCUUCAAGUAAAUGACGUAACGCUGACGUUCUUACCCUUUUGCCAUAUUUUUGGAAUUCUAGGCCUUCUCUACACUUUAGGCAAGCAGAAUGUAACUCAGGUACUUUUACCCCGCUUUUCUCUUGACGCAUUUGGCGCUGUGAUUGAAAAAUAUGGCAUUACUGCUACAUGGGCCGUCCCGCCAAUUCUCAAUUCAAUCUUGAAAACUGACAUUGAAAAGAAAUUCGACUUUAGCUCACUAAGGGUAGUGCACGUCGGCGCUACUCCACUAGGAGCUGAUCUCACAAACAGCUUCAGUGACAAGUUAGAGGGCGUGGUCGCGGUUUCAAAUGGAUAUGGCAACCCUUUGGUAUGCAAAUUACCUUUAGAAUAUACCAAAACCCACCCAUCGUAUAUUGGAAAGUUGGUUUGUAACACUACAGCGCGUCUUGUCGACGAGAAUGGCCAGGAUGUUCCAGGCGACAACAAAUCGAGUGGAGAACUCUGGGUUAAAGGUCCGCAAGUCAUGAAAGGCUAUCUCAACAGACCAGAUGCCACAGCCGAGAGUAUGACGUCAGAUGGAUUCUUCAAGACUGGCGAUAUAGCAAUAUAUGAUAGCAAAACACGCCUAUUCAAGGUGGUAGAUAGAAUGAAGGAACUUAUCAAGUACAAAGGGUUCCAAGUUACACCAGCACCUCUUGAAGCAUUGAUCAUGUCGAAUACUGAAGUAAUGGAUGCGGCUGUGAUUGGUGUGUAUGACGAUAAGCAGGCAACGGAACUGCCUAGAGCCUAUGUCGUGCCUCAGCACGCGUCUAACUUCAACAAUGCAGCUUGGUGUGCGGAGAUAGGAGCUUGGGUAGCCGAUACGGUUGCAAAUCAUUCAAAGCUGCGUGGUGGUGUGUGCACAAUCGAUGUCAUCCCCAAAACGGCUUCAGGAAAGAUUCUUAGAAAGAACUUACGUACUUUGGCAGCACAAUAA